CAAAAUGGAGAUAGCAGUUAUCAGUGGAUUGAACAUUGGAACAAAUUUAAGGCAGAGUCAUACCUUAAUCAGCGGACAAGGACCGUUGACCUUCAGGGAUGUGGCCAUAGAUUUCUCUCAGGAGGAGUGGGAAUGCCUGGACCCAGCUCAGCGGAAAUUGUACCUGGAUGUGAUGUUGGAGAACUACAGCAACCUGGCCUCCCUGGCUAUCUUAUCAGAAGACAACCAGGCAUUUUUGCAAAAGCCAAAAAUAGGAGAUUUAUUCCCUAAAAUAAUACUGAAUACAUGCAAUGAAGAUAGAAGUUAUCAAUGCAAGGAGCAUUGGAAAAAUUUUAACCAAGGGUCAAAUUCUAAUAUACAUCAGAAUAUUCAGCUUCCAGAAAACCAUUAUAAAGGUGGAAAAGUUUUUAACCAAUUGUCAAAUCAAAAUAUACUUCAGUUUACUCGUACCGUGGCAAAAAUAAACAAACGAAAAUGUGACAAACCUUUGAAACAAUCUUCAAAUCAUACUGAACGAGAUAACAUUCAUACCAGGGAGAAACCUUGCAAAUUUAAUCCGUGUACGAGACUCUUCAGUCAAAUACUCAAUCUAAAUAAACUUAAGAAAAUCCGUACUGGAGAAAAACAUUAUAAAUGUAAAGAAUGUGGUAAAACAUUUAAUUUCCUUUCAAAUAUUCGUGAACAUGAGAGAAUUCAUACUGGAGAGAAGCCUUAUAAAUGUGGAGAGUGUGGCAAAGCCUUCAGGAGGUCCUCGAAGUGUCGUCGUCAUCAGAGUAUUCAUACCGGAGAGAAGCCUUAUAAAUGUAGAGAAUGUGGUAAAGCCUUCAGUGAGUCCUCAAUCCUUAAUCAACAUCAGAGAGUUCAUACUGGAGAAAAGCCUUAUAAAUGUAAAGAGUGUGGCAAAGCCUUCAGUGCAGCAUCAAGUUUUGCUUAUCAUCAGAGAGUGCAUACUGGAGAGAAGCCAUAUAAAUGUAGAGAAUGUGGCAAAGCCUUCAGUAUGGCAUCAACACUUACUAUUCAUCAGAGAGUGCAUACUGGAGAGAAGCCCUAUAAAUGUAGAGAAUGUGGUAAAGCCUUCAGUACAGCAUCAAACUUUGCUUAUCAUCAGAGAGUGCACACUGGAGAGAAGCCCUAUAGAUGUGGAGAAUGUGGCAAAGCCUUCAGUGCUGCAUCAACACUUACUUUUCAUCAGAGAGUGCAUACUGGAGAGAAGCCUUAUAAAUGUAGUGAAUGUGGCAAAGUCUUCAGUGACUCCUCAAACCUUAAUCGACAUCAGAAACUUCAUACUGGAGAGAAGCCUUAUAAAUGUAGAGAAUGUGGCAAAGCCUUCAGUAGGUCCUCAAUCCUUACUGUACAUCAGAGAGUUCAUACUGGAGAGAAGCCUUAUAAAUGUAGAGAGUGUGGCAAAGCCUUUACCAGAUCCUCAUCCCUUACUUAUCAUCAAAGAGUUCAUACUGGAGAGAAGCCUUAUAAAUGUGCAGAAUGUGGCAAAGCCUUUAGGAGAUCCUCAAUAUGUAUUCUUCAUCAAAGUAGUCACACUGGAGAGAAGCCUUAUAAAUGUAGUGAAUGUGGCAAGGCCUUCUGUAACUCUUCAAACCUUAAACGACAUCAGAAACUUCAUACUGGAGAGAAGCCUUUUAAAUGUAGAGAAUGUGGCAAAGCCUUCAUUGUGGUUACAGACCUUACUUAUCAUCAGAGAGUUCAUACUGGAGAGAAGCCUUUUAAAUGUAGAGAAUGUGGCAAAGCUUUCAGCAGGUCCUCAGCCCUUACUGUACAUCAGAGAGUUCAUACUGGAGAGAAGCCUUAUGAAUGUAGAGAGUGUGGCAAAGCCUUUAGUAAAUCCUCAAACCUUAGUAAUCAUCAGAGAGUUCAUACUGGAGAGAAACUUGAUAAAUGUAGAGAAUGUGGCAAAGCCUUUAACCAGUGUUCCUGCCCCAUUGUACAGCAAAGAGUUCAUAACUCCUUGCAGUUACAAGGAGUGCCAUUAUUACUUUACCAGCAGUGAGAACUUACUCAGCACCAUAAAAUUCAUACUGUGAUGAAGCCUGAUGAAUGUGAAAAAUGUCGAAAAGCCUUUAAAGAUAUUCGUGAUUUACUGUAUAUGAGAGACUUUAUAGUGGAGAGAAACUUUACAGAUGUAAGGAGUGUGGGAAAUCUUUUCCUUGUCAGUGCGAUCUUAUUGAACAUCAGAUAAUUCAUUGUGAAGAGAAGCCUUACAAAUGUGAAUAAUUAGGAACAUUUUUAAAUGACCAUUGGUGUCUUUCUCAACACAAAAAAACUCAUAUUGGAGAGAAGACCUAAAAAUAUAGUGAGUUUGUCAAAGCCUUUAAUCAGGAGUGGGGUCUCACUCAACAAAAAUAUAUUAUGGAGUGAAACAUUACCAAAGGAGAAUGUGGCGGAGCUUUUAACCUGUACUCAAACAUACUCGUAAUUGGAGGGAAUGAGUCUAAAUAGAAACAGUAAAAAUAUAAAUAAUUUGCCCAAAGAUUUAACCAAUGUUCUAAUUUCAUUGAGCAUGAUCAAAUUAAGCCUUAUAAAUUGUAAUACUUGUGCCAAAGUUUAUAUUCUCAUUUAUAUGUUAUUCAACAUCUAUUAUUGCUGGAGUUAAGCCCAGGAAAUAUAAAGAAUGUGGCAAAACAAAGUUUCACUCGGUACAUGAACCGUAUUUGACAUCAGAAUUCAUACUCAAGAGAAACAGUGAAAAUGUAAACAAUGUCCAAAAGCCUUUAUUCCACAUUCAUAAUUUAUUCCUCACAUUGAAAUUCCUAGCAGAGGGAAACCCUAAAACCAAAGAAUGUGGGAAAUCUUAUAGCUGGACCUGCAGUCUCAGUCAAUAUCAGGAAUUGCAAUAUGGACUUAAUUCUAAGUUCAUGAUAUAGGAGGCAAAGCUUUUGUUAAAAAGAUAUGCUUCUCAAAAGCCUAAAAAAUUUUCCAAAGUAUGUAUUUGAAAUUAAAUUUUCAAAUAUCACAGAAUUCACACUAGAUGAAUAGUUGAUACUUUUUAGGUAUUACUCUAAAUGAGAAUACUCAUAGAGAAUAAUCCAAUGUUUAAAUGAACAUGUCAUUUUUAAUAUGUUUGAAUAUAUUAAAAGAAGCAAUGUUUCCAUAAGUAUAAUUAUUUAGUGUUGUCCAUUUUUUAUUGACAUUACUUGAGACAUAUUGAAAAGGCAGUAUUAAUGUGAUUCUGCUCCCAUAUCACUGAUGCUACCAUGUUUAUUCCUGGUGUAUGUAUGAAAUCCUGGGGUUGUUACUGCCUUAAAGACCUGUGAACUCUUGUAUAGUGCAUGCAUUUCGCUGACAUAUACUUUUCCAUGGAAUAUUGCAUUUAUUGUAAGGCACACUGCUUGAAGACCAUCUAAACGGAGAUUGUGGUUGACUUAGAAUGUUGUUUUAUGUCAUCAUGAAGGGCAUUAUACAUUUUGACUAAAUUUACC